GAGUGGGGCCAAGGGUCACGCAAGAUGGCGGCGCCCAGGAGGCGCUGAGGCGUGGAGCUGAGGAUGGGGCUGGCGGCGCUGGCCGCCAGGGCUCGGCUGGGGUGGCGGCUGAGCGGGUCGGGACCGGAGCUGAGGCCGGGGCGAGGGCAUUGGACUGCGGCCGGGCGCUCGCGGAGCCCGCGCGAGGCAGACACGCCCGUGUUCCAAUAUGUGGGCGAGCGCGCGGCCCGUGCCGACCGCAUCUUCGUGUGGGGCUUCAGCUUCUCGGGGGCGCUGGGCGUGCCCACCUUCGUGCUGCCCGGCGCCGGGCCCGAGCCUCGCGCCGGCUCGCGGCCGCGACGCAGGAUCCAACCUGUGCCCUACCGCCUGGAGCUGGACCAGAAGAUUUCAUCUGCUGCCUGUGGCUACGGAUUCACAUUGCUGUCCUCUAAAACCAAGGAUGUUACGAAAGUCUGGGGCAUGGGACUCAACAAAGAUUCCCAGCUUGGAUUUCACAGGAGCCGCAAGGAUACCACCAGGGGAUACGAGUAUGUGCUGGAGCCCUCGCCUGUGCCGCUGCCUCUGGACAGACCCCAGGACACGCAGGUGCUGCAGGUCUCGUGCGGCAGAGCCCAUUCCCUCAUCCUCACCGACCGCGAAGGAGUCUUCAGCAUGGGAAACAAUUCUUACGGGCAGUGUGGAAGAAACGUGGUCGAAGAUGAAAUUUACAGCGAAAGUCACAGAGUCACUAGACUGCAGGACUUCGAAGGUCAGGUGGUUCAGGUCGUCUGUGGCCAGGACCAUAGCCUGUUCCUAACAGAUAAAGGAGAGGUGUACUCGUGUGGCUGGGGUGCCGACGGGCAAACAGGUCUGGGUCACUACAAUAUCACCAGCGUACCCACCAAGCUGGGCGGAGACCUGGCCGGGGUGCACGUCGUCCAGCUUGCCACCUACGGUGACUGCUGCCUGGCCGUGUCUGCUGAGGGUGGCCUCUUCGGUUGGGGAAACUCCGAGUACCUGCAGCUGGCCUCUGUCACGGACUCCACGCAGGUGAACGUGCCCCGGUGCUUGCCCUUCUCAGGAGUGGGCAGGGUGAAGCAGGCCGCGUGCGGUGGCACAGGCUGUGCGGUGUUAAAUGGAGAAGGACAUGUUUUUGUCUGGGGCUACGGAAUUCUUGGGAAAGGACCAAACCUCGUGGAAACUGCACUUCCAGAAAUGAUUCCACCCACCCUCUUUGGCCUGACAGAGUUCAACCCAGAAGUCCAAGUCUCCCUCAUCCGAUGCGGCCUCAGCCACUUUGCCGCCCUUACCAACAGAGGAGAGCUGUUUGUGUGGGGCAAGAACAUCCGAGGGUGCCUGGGCAUCGGUCGCCUGGAAGACCAGUAUUUCCCGUGGAGGGUGACGAUGCCCGGGGAGCCCGUGGAUGUGGCGUGUGGUGUGGAUCACAUGGUGACUCUGGCCAAGUCGUUCAUCUGAUGCUGCUUCUUGACCGGCUCGAGCCCAGACCCGGCCUCAGAGCCACUUGGACUGCUCAGCGGGGGGUCAGAGGGGAUCGGGGCCCUUCGUGAAGGGUGACACGCUCUCCCGGUGCCCUUAGCAGGAACGUACUGGAAGAAGUCCCACGAUUCAGUCCCUCUGGCUGCGGGUGAGACCUGCCACGUUCACCAG